GGGCACAGGAAGCGGCGGGAGGAGUUUGUGGCGCGGACCGAUUGUGGGCGGUUGGGGAUGGCGCUGCCGCCACAGUGACGGGCACCGCUCGCUCGCUCGCUCGCCAUGAACUCGGAGACUGUGCAGCUGGGUGGCGCGGGCAGCAGCGCGGGCGUCAGCGUGGCAAAUGCUGCUUCCUCUGCAACAGAGACAUCUGUUUCAAAUGGUGUCUACGUUCCUCAAGGGAUUGCCAAUGGGGAUGUCAAACCUGUUAUAUCAACAACACCAUUGGCAGAUUUUCUUAUGCAAUUGGAAGAUUAUACACCAACAAUACCAGAUGCUGUAACAGGAUACUAUCUGAAUCGAGCAGGGUUUGAGGCUUCUGAUCCACGCAUAAUCCGUUUAAUAUCUUUGGCUGCACAAAAGUUCAUCUCAGAUAUUGCAAACGAUGCCCUGCAGCACUGUAAAAUGAAAGGAACUGCAUCAGGAAGCUCCAGAAACAAAAGCAAGGAUAAAAAAUACACCCUGACAAUGGAGGAUUUAAUUCCUGCUCUCACUGAAUAUGGCAUAAAUGUGAAGAAACCUCACUACUUUACAUAAAGAUCUAGAAACAUCCUCUGCAAACCAGUGACUAUUUAUUAACAUCUCCCAAGUACUGUACAAUAUCAGCUGUGGAUGCCUUUCAGCAAAUGACAGUGGAAGAGAAAUGAUGUCAUGAGGUUGCAAAUUGCCUAAUGUGACAAGUGCUAAAGUGGUUUGAAUCCAAAAUUUGCUCGUUGUUUGAAAGUUUGCAUUAUUUCUCACUUGAUUCCAGCAUAUCUUUUUGAAUUAUUAGCUAAGAUGAUUAAAAAGGAUUGAAAAAUGUUUUUGAAUCUUGCAGAAUAAGUUUGAAAGGUUUUUUUUCUUUUCUAGGAAGCUAGUUUGGGAUCCAUUUGAAAUAGGACCUAAAUUAAAAUUCUGCAUCAAAUGGCCAUUAGGGAAAUGAUCUGUAUAAUAAUAUUUUUGAAAAUAGCAAACUAGUUUGUCGUUCAUUAAGAAGAGAGCCAUGUUAUUUUUGGGUGGUGUGGUUUUUCGUAAGAUGCAUUUGAAAAGCAUCAACUUGUAAAUGUGUUCUGGUAUUAGCGAAAAAAAAUGGUUUGUGUAGUCAAUGAAGAGGAAGGACAAAUAUAAUCUUUUCUCUGUGUACUUAGGAAAAUGAAAUCAAAGCCAUUUCUGCUUUGCCCUAGCUUUGGGUAGUGCACCUCGCGUUUAAUGCAAAGUAAACAGAGUGGAAGCCUUUAAGAAAUUGUUUCAGAUUCAUUUAUCAGAAUGUAGACAUUUAUGGUUCUCACCUAAUACUCAUCUAAUAAAAUAAUUAGCGUCCCUCAAAACUGGGAAUGUUUUGAUGAUUAAACUUUAUCUAAAUUGAGCUCGCUUCCUUAAGCUUCAAUAUGGUUCCCUAUAACCUUUUUACUAAGUGUUCAAAUGGCAAUAUUUUUUGAAUUGGCUUGAAUUGUCUUCGAUUUUAUCUCUCACUGUAGAAUGGAUGCAUGUUUCAUGAACCUUUAAGAACAAGUGUAACAAAGAAUUUUCUUUCUUUUAGCAGCAGGGCUUAUUGCAGUCAAGAUGUGUAAUCUCAUGAGCAGUAUGGAACUCUUGUAAUUUCAAACUUGCACAGAGAAAGAUGCCUUCCUUCUAUAAAUGUCCAUUUCUUACAAUAAAUUUACACAAUUUUAUUUCUUGAUGAAAUAA